AUGUCUCGUUGCACGGCCAAGUUAUCCGGUGGCAUGGCUCGCGCCAACCUGGUGGACCACGGUGUCUAUCUGAAGCCGAUGAGCUCAAACCCCUUUCUCGGCGCCGUUCACGAUGGCAUUAGCACCGGCUACUGCCAGGGCUACUCGGCCAAGCCGAUCCAUUGGCUUUACCGCUUCCGCUAUAACGUGCUGCCACAGGGCAUUUCUUGCGGCUUCUUCUCGCGUAACCCGUACGGCCGCUACGUGCACUGGCUCGAGGUGAGCACGAUUGAGAAGAUACGACUGCAGCUGCAGUCGACGGAGUCGAUGCCGGUCGCUGUGUUGGUGACGCUUGUCGUGAUCUACACGGUGUGGUUUUCGUACCGCCUCAGCUUUCUGCACCCCGACAUCACUGUAUACAACCUUGUCCUGUGGUCCACAAAGCCGUGGGUGCAGCAGCAGCGCUUUAACAAGAAGAUCGACAUUGACCAGCAGGUCUACCGCUGGGUGCACCGCAUGCCGGAGUUCUCUAUAACGGACCCGAUCCGUGAGAUAUACAAACUGGAGAUCGGGGCGAACGAACCGUAUUUGGGGUACGUGCGCGGUAUGGGCCGCGAAAAAGAGCUUACGCUGUACGCGAACGAGCGCACCCAGGAGGCUGGCAACAUCCGUCCUCUCAACAUCCGCCAUGAGGACCGCAGCGGCCACAACCCGGGUCCGCUGAUGUCCGGCCACGGCGUGUAA